CAGAGGGUCAUGUGUUGUUUGUGCUCCGGCCCGUCGAGUUGUGUGCGGGCGGAGGAGCGACGGCGGAUUGCUAACCGAGCUAGCCGGAGGAAAACACGGCGGAGCCCCCCCUGAGCGUGGUCAUGUUGCACACGGUGGGCUUCAUUUCGUGAAGAAAGCCCCCCCCCCGCCUCCACCCCGUCCUUCCUCUCGCUGGAAUAUCUGCCCCGCCGCGUAAAAACAACAACAAAAGGGGGCUAAGGGACUUUUUUGGGGUUUUCUCUCGCCUCUUCUUGCGGUGGAAUAACAAAGCCGGGUUCCGCGAGGAUUGCACAAUAUAUACAUAUACAUGUGUGUAUGUAUAUAUGCAUACAUCUUGAGCCCGUGCGAGUCCGACGUUAGCUGGCCUAGCCGGACUCGGGUGGGGGGCUUCGUCUCCCACAAGAGAAAUGGGGUCUGGGUCCGCGCGGAUUAGCUCGCUGGUGAAGUGACCUUUGAUUUGUUUUUUCGCCCCCAUGGCCAAUUUCGCGAACUACCAGGAAGGCAAGGCGGCGAUGCUGAUGGUGGAGACGCAGCCGCGGGACGUGGGGACCAGGUCGGCGGCCGCCAACGGGGACGGCUCGGCCGGGGAACCCCCCUGCCCGUUAAUUAACGUCGGCGGCGGCGGCGGCUCUCGCUUCCAUCAACACUUGCCGCCCUCCAACCACCAGCAAGCGCCGAGGGAUCAUCAGUACCAGCUGGCCCCGCAGCAGCAGCAGCAGCAGCAGCAGCAGCAUCCUUCCGGGGAGAACAUCGCAGAGUCCCCGGGCAGGAAAGCCUCCUCGUCGUCGGCGUCCCUCGGCCAGGUGCACACAGCCGAGGACCCCGCCGCUUCCUCCUCCUCCUCCUCCUCCGCCGCCGCUAGCAGCGGCAGCAGUAGCCACGUCUACGCGGCGGUGAGCGUCGCCAACCCCUCGGACGUCGUGGACGACAUCCGCAAAUGCGGCUACCUGCGGAAGCAGAAGCACGGGCACAAGCGCUUCUUCGUGCUGCGCGCCGCCGGCCACCUGGGGCCGAGCCGCCUGGAGUACUACGACAGCGAGAAGAAGUUCAGGAGCAGCCUGCGCGCCGCCGCCGCCGCCGCCGCGUCUGCAGCCACCGGCGGCGGCGGCGGCGGCGGAGCGGUGGCCGCCUCGCCGCCGAAGCGGGUGAUUUACCUGUACCAGUGCUUCACGGUGAACAAGAGGGCGGACUCCAAGAACAAGCACCUGAUCGCGCUGUACACCAAGGACGAGUACUUCGCCAUCGUGGCGGAGAACGAGCAGGAGCAGGAGGACUGGUACGUGGCCGUCAGCGAGCUGAUGAGCGAGGGCAAGAAGGGGCACGUGGACGCCGACGACCUGGACGACGGCUACGGCACGGUCACGCCCGGCACCGUGUUCAAAGAGGUGUGGCAGGUGAACGUGAAACCCAAGGGCCUGGGUCAAACCAAAAACCUCACGGGCGUCUACCGCCUCUGCCUCUCGACCAAAACCGUCCACCUGGUCAAGUUGAACUCUGAGACGCCCUGCGUCAACCUGCAGCUGAUGAACAUCCGGCGCUGCGGACACUCGGAGAGCUUCUUCUUCAUCGAGGUGGGCCGCUCGUCGUCCAUCGGGCCCGGGGAGAUAUGGAUGCAGGUGGACGACUCUGUCGUGGCCCAGAACAUGCACGAGACCAUCCUGGAGACCAUGAAGGCGCUCAAGGCCUUCGCCGAGUUCCGGCCGAGGAGCAAGAGCCAGUCGUCGAGCUCCAACCCCAUGCCGUUCAUCACGACGCGGCGCCACCUGGGCAACCUGCCGCCGAGUCAGACGGGGCUGCAGCGGCGGUCGAGAACGGAGUCCGUCGUCGGCACUCCGCCUUCGAGCAAGAGCUCGGGGGCCAGUGGUUAUCGCUUCCGCACAUCCAGCGAGGGGGAGGGGACGAUGAACCGGCCCUUCCGCUCCGCCACAGGAAGUCUGGUUCACCUCAACUCGGCGCGUGCCCAUCACGUUCGUCAGGAGGCCGGCGGAGGCAGCGGCGUCGCCACAGGAAACGCUGGCACGAGCACCGGCGGCGGGCGCUAUGUCAGAGCCAUCCCGGGGUCGUCCUCCACCUACCACGCCCGCUCCGCCUCUCUCCCCGUCUCCCACUUCCCAUCCACCACCAGUCCCGUGAGCGUCUCCUCCAGCAGUGGCCACGGCUCCGUGUCCGACACGCUAACGCGCCCGUCGAGUGCCUCCAUAUGCGGCUCGCCGUCCGACGGCGGCUUCAACUCCUCUGAUGAGUACGGCUCCAGUCCAGGUGAUUUCCGAUACUUCCGAGUGCGGAGUAACACGCCCGACUCGCUGGGCAACACCCCGCCAAUCAGAGAGGAGAACUGUUUGAACGAUUACAUGGCCAUGGGGUGGAACCGGGAGGUGUUUGGCACCGGUGGAGGGUCCGGGAACAACAGCGGCGGUGACACGCCGCGGGACGACAGCUCAUCGGUGACGGAGGACGACCGCUUUUCGUCGUCGUCAUCGUCGUCGCUGAGGAGGAGGACGCAUUCUUUCACCAGGCCCUCCGGGGGGGCGACCGGUGGUUCUGGGGUGGCAGUUUACCAGAAGAUGACCCAGACCAACUUCUCAUUGGACGAGGAGGCCGACGUGGUGUUGCCGUUUGGUAGCGGGCUGCUCCGUGGCGGGCCGUCCUCCUCCUCCUCCUCGCUCCGCUCUGACUACAGCUCCUGCUCUGAGCACAGCCAGCAGAGCCGUCCGUCCACGCUGUCCCGGACGGAGGCCGGCGGCGAGCGCCCGUCUCUCUCCUCCUCCUCCUCCGCCAAGGAGGACAGUGGCUACAUGCCCAUGCUGUGCGGCGUGGCGGCCUCGCCGCGGGACACGCCCCCCGACUACAUGCCUAUGCAACCCGGCUCUUACUCCCAUCACGUUUCCCAUUCCCCUCAGUUUCACAGUCCUGCUUUAAGUGCCCGUUCAGCCCACGCCCAGCUCCAGUCUCAGUCCUCCACAGACUCCCACGGUUACAUGAUGAUGCUCCCAGGCGGCAGUGGCAGCUCCCCCUCCCCAGUGCAGGUCUCCCCCAGCCCCCACAGCAGCUCCAGCUUUGCAGGCGCAAGUGCGAGUGACAGCAUAGCAGAGAGACCCGAGAAUGGCGAAUAUAUGGACAUGUCGUACAGCAGCAGCGGGGGGAGCAAGCUCUCGAACGAAGGGAGCAGCGGGUAUUAUGCACCCGGCACACCUGAGAGCGCCCCAAAGUCUUACAGCCCUUAUUUCUCCCUCCCUCGCUCCUACAAGGCCCCGACCAGAGAGAAGGAUGAGAAAGAAUACGGGGAGUACGUCCCUAUGAGCUCUCCUGCCAAACCCGUCUAUUCGUCAGUUGCCACGGCGUCACUGUCGACGCCAGAGAAGCGGGGCGGGGGAGGAAGUAGCACCUCGACCCCCUCUCACCCACCUCCGCCUUAUGGGGCUCAUCACACGACAGCAGCAGUGGCCGACCGGCGCGUCGCGAGGCCGAACCGCCUCCCUUUGGGCAGAAGGAGUUUCCACGGUCCGCUGCGGGUUAGUGAGCCCCCCGCAACGUCUGCGGGCACCUCGAGCUCGGUCCCUGCCACGGCCAGCUCGUCCGAAGGGCCUUCCAGUCCCGGGGAAUACAUAAACAUUGAGUUCGGUGAUCACUACCCCCACCAACAACAGCCCCCCGCAUACCCUCUCUCUGCCCACGACGAAGCGCCUUCCUUGGGACCCGUCGACCCCCGCCACUCCCCCCCACAGCCCCAAAUACACCAGGACUAUAUGAGCGUGGAGGUGGUGUCUGAUCAGCGGGACAGUGCUGCGUGUCUGGGUAAGAAUCAGUCGCCCAGGCCCAGUCUCGUCGCCCCCUGGAACCCGCCCAGCUAUAUCAGACCCCUGGCCAGCAAUCCCGGGGCGCUGGCCUCCCCUGGAGUCCCCGCCGGAGGUCACUGGAGGUCGAAGGGUGACGACUACACAGACAUGACGUUUAACCUCAGCAGAGGGGAGAUGACGCAGGCGAGCCCCACGGCCAUGCUGCAGCACCUCUGCGUAAUCGAGGGCCGCUACGCCUCCCCCUCAUCCAUGUCCCCUCCGUCGAGCCCGGGUCGGACGCCGGUGCAGCAGCCGGAGCCCAAGGUGGUGCGAGCCGACCCCCAAGGCAGGAGGAGGCACAGCUCGGAGACGUUCUCCUCCACCUCCUCCUCUACUUCAACUCCCUCCGGAGGAGGUCAGGGGCCUUCAUCGUCGGCCGCACACCCCACGCCGGCGAACCCCGCGGCCCCAAACGGAUCUUACCCAGCGGAGGGUCAGGCGUCCCGGUGGGCCACCUCGGCCUCCUUCGACAGCGUGUGGAUGUCUGUGGACGGUCUGGGAGACUCGCCGGCUCACCACGCUCCAACGAGAGUCAUGGAAAUGGGGCCUGCGGCCGUGACCUCCUCGUCCUCGGGGGCCGGAGCAGGUAGAAUGUGCAGAAACAUGUCUGUGGGCUACCAAAACGGCCUGAACUACAUCGCCCUGGAGCUGAGGGAGGACGCGAGUAACGUGGGAGCUGGUGGCAGCAACGGGAGCUCGGCGGCGGCGGGGACGGUGCCCCUGCCGGAGAACGGCGCCUACGCCAGCAUAGACUUCACCAAAUCUGACGGAGUCACCACGACAACCAAGGACUGAACGAGGACGUCAGAGGAUCUCCACCUUCCUCCUCCUGCUGCUCCUCAUCCUCAUCUCUCUGCUCGGGGGGCGGCACUCGACUCUGCCCGUGACCUCUUGGCCUCGCACACCAGUUGACCUCUGACCUUCACCCGCUCCCUUCUGGACGCAGAGAAACACAAAACACAACGGACGACAGAAACGCUUGCAGUUCUCUUUAUUUUAUUCUUUUUAUUUCAUCUUUUAUUUUAUUUUUUUAAAUGCACGUAUAGAUAUAUCUAUGCGUGCAUAUGUUGUCCUUUUUUAAUUUUUAAAAAUAGUUCCCUUCCCUUCACGAUUGAGUGUGCGCUGCUCCCCACCCCCGUCAACUUUGACUGACAGAUCGUCGUAUAGUCACAUGGCCCUGCUUCUUCCGUACGGUAUUAAUAAAAAGGGAGGCUGGAAUGCUAAGCGAAAGGCAUUAUGGUACAGACUUGGAAACCUUUAUGUUGCAUUGAACUUAAAAAUUAUUUUUUAUCUUUUAUUAUUAUUAUUAUUAUUAUUAUUAUUAUUAGCAUUAUUAUUUUAUUUUUUACCCUCAUGCAUAAUCCAUCCUCAAUACGGUACCAUACAGUUAUUACAUUGUGGACAAAGUUGUGGUAGAAAAUGGUUUUUCUUCUUUUUUUUUUUGCUUUUAUUUACCCCGUAGAUGAUUGGUUUGGAUCGGAGUCGACAUAUGUGACAUUGCAAACGUCACCGCGCUUGUUCCCACAUAUUUUCCCGCCCCAGGCGCAAAAUGGUACCUGGCAAACUUCGGAUCACCGCGGGUUGUUUUUUUUACGCCCUUCGCACAAAAACGGCGCCAGCUCCGAAUCGCUACUGGGGGGGAAAAACAGAGCUGCAGCACAGUCUACAAAUUCAAUGGGUAAAAAAAAACGCAAAGCAUUACUCUUCAUAUUCUGUAGUAUAUAUAUAUUAUUUAUUCUUUGCUGUAGGUACAGAUAUUUUUUUUCCCGGCGACAUUUCUUCGUUUGCUGUCAUGACACCGAUGGUACUCGGCAGGGCGGGAAAAAACCACGUCGGCCACCAAUCGGAUGCUGGAAAGUUUUGCCCGUCUUAACUCCCGCUCGUGCCACUUUGCGGGACAUAUUUUAUCAAACUUAAAGGAAUAGUUGAAUAUUUUUGGAAAUACACCAUAACAAUGAAGCUUUGUGCUAAGAUGAGCUAACCAGAUGCUACACACAUCUGCUUCUGGAAGAAAUGGCAAUGAAGUGUAUUUCCUUAUAUAUGAACUGUUAAUUUAGAAAAAAUGUUUAAACAUUUUGACGUGAGUAACUUGUAGAGGUUUCGGAAACUCGGCUCCUGCGGACCGAGAGAAUUUGUUCCCGCCCGGCUGCCUCGGCUCGGUCAUCAGAUUCCUCCCAAGGAGCCAUUGAAAAAACAGACGCCGGUGUUUUUGUUUUGUUCUACAUUUGUCAGUUUUACCUCACGGUCCGUCGCACAGUUCAGGUUAGCGAGGGAGAGUGGCGCCUACACACACGCACACACACACACGCACACACACACACACACACACACACACACACACGCUGGUGUGUACGUCACUGGCUCUGGGCGACGUAAAGAGGUUUCCAGUAACCUGAGCUCGGCCCCCAGGUGCAGCUCGCUGGACAUACUCGCGCUGUUACACACACACGCACACACACUAACACACGCACACACACACACACACACACACACACAACGCUGUGAAAAGUUAGAAGCACAAAUUACAGACGUUGAGACUGGGAUGCAAACACAACCCUGAUGCACACACACACAAAUCUCUGCAAGUGAACCGUUUACUGUGCUUUGGAGGCAGUGGCAUGUGUGUAUGCAUACACACACACACACACACACACACACACACGUCAUGAAGACACAUGUCAUGCCCACAUGGCGUCUCCCAUGUCUGCUCUCAUAACUCAUAUGCACACACAUGCGGCUCUUGAUGACGUCCGUGAUUUUUGUCCUCUCACGCACUCACUCACACACACACACACACACGCUGGUGUGUACGUCACUGGCUCUGGGCGACGUAAAGAGGUUUCCAGUAACCUGAGCUUGGGCCCCAGGUGCAGCUCGCUGGACAUACUCGCGCUGUUACACACACACACACACACACACACACACACACACACACACACGCGCGCACACACACUCCCUCUCUCACACUUCUAUGCCCAUAUUUAACCUUUCUACCCGGGCUACUCUCCCAUGACCACCACCCACACGACUGCUUCAACACCGAGACUGAAUUUCAUUUUUGUUUCUGCUCAGUAUUCACUCGUUUAACGCCAUCGUCGCCCCUUUUUAUUUUUAAAUUUAUUCAUUGUUUUUUUUAAUUCCUCGCUGUGCUCUCGUGUUUGACGUCGUGGGGGGAGGGAUCAAACCGGGUCACCUGAUGCUCCCUGAACCACAGAGGUGCCGUGAACUCUGCAUGGUCUGGUACUUUUACACGUUCACUGACACCAACUUCUGGUUAAACGUCGCCUCCACGAACCAAAAAUACUUUUCUUUUUUUUUUAAAUGUUUUUGGAAAAAUUGGUACUAAAAUCAUCGCUGGCUCACCAAUAGUUUAAAAUAGUGUACGAUAAUUACUCACAGGCAGCUCAAACUAUCCAGACUGAAAGUUGACCUAAAGAUUCGUAACUUGCGAAACCACACCUGAGUUUUUUCAGUGUUAAUCGAAGCUUUGUUCGGCUCAUUUCAAUAUACACCUGAAGUAUUAAUAUUAAUAUGUUGUGCCCUACUUAUGCACAAUAUGUUGUCAUCUGUUUCCACACGAAAACCAAACAAGCAUAUUAACAAGAUGAUUGUAGUGUCUCGAUUUCCAUUGAUACAGCUCUGCGGCAUCGAUUAAUUUAAUCCGUUGAUUAUUUCGAAAUGUUAAUCAUCAGAAGAAAAAAAAACAUCAAUACAUAUCCCAAAGAUAUUCAGUUUGCAAUGAUAUAAAAUGGAGGGAAAAACUCGCAGUUGGUAUCAGAUGGGUGGAGUUUGCUGCGUCAGGAGAUUUUAGUUGAGACAUCAUCGCUAAAAAUUGAACAAAACAAAGAAUAAUUUCCACAUCCACAAAAUGCUGUUUCAAGAUUUUAAUAUGUACAUUAUGAAUCACCCCCUUCCCCUAAUUUGAACAAAGAUUUGAAUAUAAGAAUAAUCCCGAGACAAAAGCUUAUAUUUAGUUUCGUAUCGUCAGAAAACGUUUUGUGUACUUCUCACGCUGCGGCCACGUCUUUUGCUUUUUCGGGUUAUUGGACUCUACGGCAGAAAAAUAAUAAAAUAGAAUGGUAGGGCUACGAUUUAGGAGGAUUUUGGAAGAAAUUGCCAAAAGCAUAAUUCAAAAACGGAUGCGUGUCGUUCGUGUCUCAUGACCGUCCUCUCCCUCCCCCAUUCAUAAGUCCUCUGUCAUUUCUGAAUACAUUUACUCAGAAUCUGUGUUUAUCUUGGCAACAGUUCAACCUCAAAACUCUCCUCAAUGUUACUGAUUCUGAUGUUGAAAAUCAGCUGUUGUGAAAUUUUCAUGUUCGGUGCGGAGCAAUGAGAAAGAAAUUAGAGCUACUUUAUAUAUAUAUAUAUAUAUAUAUAUAUAUAUAUAUAUAUAUAAUCCUCGCAGAAAAGACGUAGGGUACUGCAUCAUUAUGCAAACAUUUUUUUCCCCCCUAAUCUUUUGAUUUAUUUUAUAUUCUAGUUUACAGAGGGGGUAAAAUGAUCAUCUUAUUUUUUGGUUGUUUCGUCGUAUCCGGGAGGGGGAGGGGGGGUGUGACCUUGUUUCUCCGAAAACGAGGCUAGUAUUUUUUUUAAGAGUACAUAGGCAUUUUGCAGUUAUUUGUAUAAAGAAGUGGGUGACAACCUCUGCCUGAUGUUUAUUUUUUUGUAACUAUAUUACAGUUUAUUUGCUGCUGUGUAGUACAGUGAACAGUUGGGAAAAAAACGCUGUCAGUGGCGACCAUGACGACGAAGAUGAGGAUGAUGUUCAUUGCCCUGCUAUCAGGCGCGGGUCAGGGGCAAAUCUAGCAAAACCCCCCCGCCCCGCCCUGCUACCUGUGUUCAUAUUUUCAGAGUUGAAUGCUGUUGUUUAUUAGCUUUACAGGAAAGAGAAAGAGUUAAAAAAAAUAAUAAUAAUAAUAGUGUGGAGGUGUGUAUCCUUCGUAUGUGCAUUAUUUUUCAGCGACGUACGUCCUAUAUGCGAAAAACGAAGAGGAAAAACAAACUGGCGGAAAUGGAAAUCCUUCUGUAAAUAAGGAAAACUCAAGUUGUCGCUUUUUUUCAUGUUAUGAUCGGCACCUCGCACGGUGCCCCGCCCCCUCUCUCUUUUUUUUUUGUUGAUGUUUUUAUUUCCUUCUCUCUUCUUUCUCUCUCUCUCUGUUUUUUUUCCUUGCGGAGGGAAGGAGGGGGGUCGGAGGGGUACUCAGAGGCGAUUUGAGCAUCUGCAUAGUGUUUAUAUUUAUCAAAACUUUUUUGCUUUCGAUAGAGCUAUUGCAAUAAAAAUGUGUUCAUGUAA